AUGGGUAUGGCCUUUUCGCGCGUGUUCGAGCGCCUCUUCGGCAAGAAGGAGAUGCGCAUCCUUAUGGUCGGUCUCGAUGCCGCCGGUAAAACCACGAUCCUGUACAAGCUUAAGCUAGGAGAGGUGGUUACUACCAUCCCUACUAUCGGUUUCAACGUGGAGACGGUGGAAUACAAGAACAUUAGUUUCACGGUGUGGGACGUCGGUGGUCAGGACAAGAUUCGUCCGCUGUGGCGCCACUACUACCAGAACACACAGGGUCUGAUCUUCGUGGUGGACUCGAACGAUCGCGACCGUGUGGACGCUGCUCGUGACGAGCUGCACCGUAUGCUGAAUGAGGACGAACUGCGGGACUCUGUGCUGCUGGUGUUUGCCAACAAGCAGGAUCUGCCGAACGCUAUGAGUGCCGCAGAGAUGACGGACAAGUUGGGACUGCACGGUCUGCGUCACCGCCAGUGGUUCAUCCAGGCGUGUUGCGCGACGACGGGUGACGGUCUAACAGCGAUAAGUUACACAAUCAAGCUCCAUGACUUACGGUCGGGUCUGCGUCACCGCCAGUGGUUCAUCCAGGCGUGUUGCGCGACGACGGGUGACGGUCUGUACGAGGGUCUGGACUGGCUGUCGGCCACGCUUCAGAAGCAGAAGUAG